GAUAUUAUUGGCGCCAUUUUGUAUCCAGGAGCGGAUCCGGGAAAUACAAGAGAUAGUCGCUAGUCACUGCUUGCAGAAUGCCUUGCUGUUGCGCUUGGGUACUGAAAAAGGUACAAGCUGUGUUGCUUUCCAAAAGAUCUUGCAAGAAGGAAGAUUUCGGAGCGAAAGUGAGGCGACGUUGCUGGGCGUCAUCUCUGACGAGCUUAUUUCUCUACGAGACUCAUCUUGACGAGUCUCAAUUUGAGAAUUGCAUGCAGAGGCAACAGGAAGAGAAAGCUGAAAGGAAAUAUGCCAUUUCGACGAUAUUCCCUCAUCGCAAAGCUGACUUUCGGAGAAAGGUAAAGUUCAUCCAGAGUCUCCUUCAAUUAAUUAAGACGAAGGGUAGAUCCAGAAUCAAGAGCUCCUCUCGUCUCGUUGGAUCAUUCCUACCGUUCUUAAUGGAGGCUGGGGAGCACAAGUGACGCAAGACGGUGAGCAAUAUACAAAAUAUAUGAAUUUGGACUUGUGAUGAAAUGCACUUGUUCACUUUGGCAAUUAUCAAAACAUUUAUUUGUUGGUUCUGAAGGAGAGAUGGUUGCAGUUGAUGAUACAGGAAAAUUUAUUGUCUGAUGAGGUUUCCUCACUUGACAUCCUGUCUCAGCUAGAAUGCAAAAUAAUUAAGGGAACUGAGGAGAGAGCUAGUUCAAGCUAAACACGAGAAGAACAAUUUUGCAUCAGAAACUGAAAUAAAGGAAAGAUUUAGCAAUUUUUGGAAAAGACCAGUUCCCGCUGUUUCAAGAGGUCUAUAGCAUGAGAGGCUCGCUUUGAACAUCAUCAACCAUUGAGAACUUCAAUUUGCUUGUGGAUCUGUUGCAUACAACCUACUUUUGAAACAGCAGCAUCCAUUGCCAUCUGUGCGUACUCUUCAAUGAAGAAUGUCAACCGUCUCUUCUAACCCUACCUACCGUAGACCACCUUCACUCAAAACUGCAGCAGCUUUCUGAACAGGAGAAAUGUUGCUGUCUGACAAUGGAUGAAAUGUCCAUUUACUCAAUGGUUGAGCCUGACACAAGUAGUGGUCAGAGGCAAAGUCACACUGCCUUGUCAACUUAAGCAUGGGCGUGCCAUGCAUUGUUUGGUUGGGUGGGUUAGCAUCACGGUGGAAGCAGAUAGUUGCUUACUACUUUACUGACAAUUUUACUUUUGCCACUGUCCUCAAGCCCAUUGUAUUGGAUAAGAAUAUAGUGACUUUUAAUAUA